UGUCCUGGCAACGGCGCGCGGCGAGGGCGGCAGCCGUUGGUAGCGCGCGCCCGCCCUGCCUCACCUCAGCGCGGGUCCGGGCGCGGAGCAAAGCGCAGCCGCACCGGUGAGAAACCGGCAGCCGCCUGCUGUGCAGACAGAGGGGGGCCUGGGCCGGCCCUCCGGCCGAGAGGAAGCGGCCGGGCCGCCGCCAGGCCCGGGCAGGGCGACUCCGGGGUGCUUACCCCCUGCUGGAGUCCCUCCGCCUCCCUCCGUGCGUGCCGGCCGGUCUCUGCUGCCACGCUGCUUCACGAGCGGCGUUUGGCCUCAGCUACAGCCGUUUAGGAAGCUCUUUCUCUCCACACAUAGGAUGCCUCCUCUUUGAUGACCUCACUUGUGUUUGACUCUGAAAUGUAAUUCCAUUUGACUCUUACCUUUUCCACCUCAGACUGGAUGGAAAAAGAGGUCCUGCCUGCUGCCAAUGGCUUUCAAGGACGUGAAUGCAAGAAGACAUAUUGGACUUCAGCAGCUUUCAUCCUUAGCGGGAGCUGGAAGAACGUUGUUGGGGCCAAUUAAAUCAUGUAAAUUCAUUGUGGAUGAAAGCACCAACCAAAGCACAUUGAUUUGUUCUGCUGUUCGACUGAUCGAAAGUUUGGAUUUAACUAGUGCUGCCGGACAGCUUCUUAAUGAAACCAUUCAGGCACAAAACAAGGAAUUUAAGACUGGGAUGAGUACCCUGUUGUUUCUUGUUGGUGCGUGGAGCGAUGCUGUACUGGAAUGCCUCCAGCAGAAUGUUCCUGUUUCAGCAAUAGUAUCUGUGAUGUCAGAGGGGUUGAACUCUUGCUGUGAGAAAGUCCGGUGCCUUCAAAUGUCAGUACAUGAUGUGAAUAAAGAGCUGUGUUCUAGCAGAGUUAGGGCACAUGCCUUUAAAAGCAAAACUUGCCAAAUUGGAUGUGACAGUCUUCUAAAUCCUCAGAUUUUCCUAGAUUUUCAGAAAGAAAUUUCUGCACCAGAAGAAAUAUUUCCAAUAAAUUCUUGUUCCCAUCAAGAUGAGGACUGUAAUUUUGACAAGCACCUUGUUUCACCUUUGGUCGGCUUUGGUUCAAUAGCUCCCCGUGUCAAACCAGCAGGUGACAAAAGUAUGUCUCUGAUUGCUGGAAGUGGUGUUAUCACAUCUAGCUGCAACAAAAAAAAGUUAACACAUAGCAGAUACUUCAGCACUCUAGGAAAAAGCCAUUUUUCAAGCCAGCAACGUGAUUUUCAGGGAUACCUGUCAGGACAAUCAGCAGAGCCAUGUGAAUGUUAUGGUUUAGGGCACCUGGCGAUGGCUCUGAGCUAUGGAAAUCAGACUAGCAUGAAACUGCUACAAAGCAUUGUUGCGUAUCAACAAGAGAGAGCAGAACGGCGUGGCUCUUCCCAGUUUAAUAUUGCAGAAGUGGUGACAUGCUGUUUACUGGGCCUGCCUGAAAGCUAUUCUUGUGUUUCCCCAGGCUUUGUCACACUAGUAUCACCAGAACAAGCCACAGUUAUCAAAUACUUUGAAGACAAACCCCUUCGGAUCCUGCUAAUGGAUGGUGACCUAACUGAACAAUAUCGUCACUUAGGUUUUAGUAGACCAUGUAAUGUAAGGACCAUACUGGAGCAUCCCGGCCUACAGGAAGACAGAGCAGGAGACUUGUGGCUGAGGAAUAUGUUAGAUAUUCUAAAAAGCUUUGAAGUAAACUUGGUUUUGGUCAAAGGAAAUGUGUGUGAAAACUUACUGGAAGGUUGCAUAGCAAACAGUAUAUUGGUAAUUGGUUCUGUGGCUCGGGAUGUGUUGUGUGCUUUUCGGGAGGUCACUGGUGCCCAGCCAGUGACAUACCUCACUCAGCUGAAGGCUUCUUGCCUGGGGAGCGGGGCCCAGGUGGAGCUGUGGAAGGCCAGCGAUGGGCGUGCAAUGGAUCUGGGUGAGCUUGUGCCAGUCAGGGUAAAAGUGCAAGGAAUUUCCCUGCUCACAGCUGUGCUUACCAGUACUGUAGCUUCAAAGAUGCAGCUCAUAGAAGACCAAUUCUGGACUUUUGUGUAUCGACUCCAUCAUGCUUUAAACGAUGGGAAGGUUUUCCUUGGUGGUGGUGCAGUGGAGCUCUUAUGCCUUAGUCACAUUCAGAUGCUUGGAGAUGAGCCUUUACAACCAGCAAAUAAAAACGCUGUGAGAGACUUUCACAACCCUUGGCUGGCAGCAUCUGUGUCAGAAUAUAAAUCAGUUGUCCUCCAAGCGUUAGCAAGGGGCUGGAAGCAGUAUCUUUCGGUGGUUAUGUGUAACACUGCAAAAGCUGCGUCAGAGUUGGAAGCAUGUACGUCAAUUGAACAUCACCUCCAAAAAGCAGCUGACUGUGGCUCUCCCUCAGCAUAUAUAUUGAAGGAGUUUAGAAGAGGUGACCUGUUCAGCAGUGGUUCUAGUCCCUUCACUGACCACACGGAGGUUUUAAAGGUUUAUGAUAAUGUUACAGCCAAGACAGAGGCGUGGCGGAGAGCUCUAGACUUGGUGCUACUAGUGCUUCAAACAGAUGCCGAAAUUAUCACAGGUCCCAAAAGGAAUCAGUUAUUGAACUCGCAUGGAUCAAGUGAAUUCAUGUUUUUAUAGGAGUUGCAAGCUUUAUGUAGAAGUCCGUGAGUCAGUGGGUGGAAGAAGUCCAGGUACAAUCUGCAUUUCUUCAUAGUUUAUAAAGCAAACAUUUAGAUGUGAUUAUGACUUUAGAGCGUAACAGAGGAAAUCAUUAUGUGAAACACUCACAAGGCAGAAAUAAUUCCUUAUUUCUGGAAGCAGGAGUUAGAUAACAAACAAAAAUCGCUUGUGGGCUUAGCUCUAACCUCAGCUCUAACCUCAGUGUUUCUGACUAAUGAUAUUGUUUGUAUGGAUGGAUUAAUCCAGUCAAAUUGACUUCUCUUACCUUAUUUAGCAGAGCAGAUGUGCUGGAUUUUUUUGGUGUUUUUUUUUGUUGUUGUUUUUGUUUUGUUUUGUUUUUUUAAUUAUAAUGAGGAACACUGAGCAGGUGGGUACAUAUUGAAUCUGUUUGGAGAAAAGUUUGAUACCUUGGAUGUGCUUAUAUACUGAACAUGUGCAGUCUGUAUAAGGUGUUUGGACUUGUGUUCUCUAAAUUAUUCUUAUUUAAUGUAUUUUAAUGGCUUUUACUUAUAAAAUAUACUCGGCAUACUUAAAUGAAAGAAAAUAUAUAACAUAAUUUUUAAUUAAUCUUGCUCUUAAUUUCUGUACAUUGCAAAUGUAAGAGUUAAACUUGGAGUAAUUUGAGUGUUACAUUUUAUGCUAAGAGACUGUAUUAGUAGAUUCUAUUUUUGCAUAUUUAUAUGUGCCAAAUAUCUCCUAUUUUCAAAUAUAUACUGUUCGGAAUUUCUCUUGACAUAAA